GCCACCAUACUUCUAUUUUAGUUAUUAACUUUUAACUUCUAUUUCGAUCGCUAUGGUUUUGAUUCGUAAAAGAAAAGUGUUUGUGUCUGCUAGAUUGCAUUCGGCUGGGAAACGUUCUAGAAAGGUUGUCUUUUCUCGCCAAUUUCGUGGUGUGAAAGCUGCUGAUGGAGAAGUUUCUGACCUUCAGCAUUAUGCAAAGUCAUUGCCGUUUGGUAAAACUUCGACUUCUGAUUCUUCUCUAACCCUGACUUGCUCUUCGGCAAUGGAAGAAACUACGAAUGAAAUUAAACCUGAUGCUGAAUCUGGAAAACUUACGUAUGUUUCAUUAAAGGAUCAACGCUUACAGGAUUGGAGUGACAUUAGAGAUGAAAUGUAUGAGGCCUUUAUCAGUUCAGAGGCUCCAUCAACUGAUACCUGCCAUGAAUGUGAAAAAAAGUCCCAGCUCUUCAAAUGCAUUGAUUGCACACCAUGGGAAAUGGUAUGUGAAGACUGUUUAGAGAGGAGACACCAGUAUCCUCAUCUGCACAUGUUUGAAGCAUGGAGGGUAAGCAAACAGCAAUUCUUAUUGUUAGAAAAACUUAUGAAAUUACUUGUUAAAUUUUAA